AUGGGAAAUUGUAAUAACAGCAAAGAUGUAAAUUUUGAUGAUGUUUCAUUGCCCUCCAAAAAUGAUUUUCAUAUGCUCUUUGUUAUUGGCAGAGGAGGGUUUGGAAGAGUUUGGAAGGCCGAGAAUAAAAAGACAAAAUAAUUAUACGCAAUAAAAGAGUUGAGCAAAUGCAAGAUUGUAAACAAGAAGAGUGUCAGUUCCGUCAUGAAUGAAAAAUAUCUGCUAUGCAAUUUAAGACAUCCAUUUUUAGUUAAUAUGCAUGCAUCCUUUUAGGACAGAGACAAUCUGUACUUGGUAAUGGACUUGAUGCAAGGAGGCGACCUAAGAUACCACUUAUGUAAGCAGAAAAGGUUUACUGAAAAACAAACAAAGUUCUUCAUAGUUUGUCUAUUGCUGGCUCUGGAUUACCUCCACACCAAUACAAUCUUACACAGAGAUGUCAAGCCGGAGAAUUUGGUCUUCGAUAGAAAUGGUUAUAAUUCAAAUUCUAAAUUAGGUUAUCUAAGAUUAACAGAUUUGGGUAUUGCCAGAAUCUGGAAACCUGACAAUGAAAAUGACACUAGUGGAACUCCAGGCUAUAUGGCUCCAGAAGUCAUGUGCAGACAAGCCCAUGGAGUAGCAUCAGAUUACUUUGCAGUUGGCGUCAUUGCCUACGAAUGCAUGUUCGGAAAAAGACCUUACAUAGGAAAAACAAGAAGGGAAAUUAGAGAUUAAAUUCUAGCUAAAUAAGUUCUAGUUAAAUUAAAUUAACUACCUGAUGGGUGGUCAGAAGAAUCAGCUGAUUUCAUUAACAGGGCAUUGUAAAGAAAGCCAAGCAAUCGACUAGGAGCUAAUGGUCCAGAAGAAGUUUAAACUCACCCUUGGUUCAAGGACAUUGAUUGGACUACCUUCUUUAAUUAAACUGCUGCUACCCCUUAUUAAAUUAAUUGCAACCAUGAUAAUUUUGAUGCUAAAUUUGCUAAUAUGAGAGAGGAAGAAGACAGUCAACAAAUUGAAUAAAAUGGCAUUAUGCUAAGGAGACAAUCCAUAUAAGAACUUUUUAAUGGAUACACAUUUGACCAGACUAUUACUCAGAUUCCUUUUUAAGGUAAUUCUGUUACUAAACCAACCAUACCUCAUUUGAAUACAUAAUAGCUCACAUCGGCAAGAAGAACAAAUCAUGAAGAUACCAAUCCUUAAUUAUCACAGAUGUCAUCAAAAAAAUAUAAUUUGGUUUCCUCUACUCCAAGAUUACAAACUAAAUCAAUGUCUUCUAGCUAAAAGCCAUAAACAGAUAGGAGUCAUUUUUCAAAUAAAUUCUAAUUUAAUUGA